AUGAAACUGGGUCCGAGACAGAACACGCCGCCCCUUUACCUGAUUAUCUUACGAAACCCGAGCCUGAUGAAGUCCGGAAGCAUGCUGGAACAUACGCCGCUGUACCAGCCCAAGGACGGUGAACUCAUAUCACAUGACUCCCAAAAAACAAUACGCACCGACCCUACCUACCUAUCCUUUGGCGAUGGAGGCACAACGGCUACGGUGACUGAGUGGGGUCAGCAAAUGCAGAUCAGUCGUUAUCUGGGCCAUGGAGAGUCGGGGAUUUACGCCAUCGAUCACGCACAUACCCCGGAGCCCAAUCAGUAUACCAAAAGAAGACAGGGCUUCCUCGAUAUGAUUGACACAUCCCAGGGAUUUGGCACCGAUUCGGGUCUUCCGGACUCUGAAUGGGAACAUACAACCUACUGGCUCCGUAACCGAUGGCCCCGCGUGGUAUUCAAGAGAAAGGACAAAUGGGAACUCACGUUUCAAUGGGUAGUCUGGAAUAAUGUUGUCAUUCAUGAUCUUCUGUGGCAAAACUUGACCGAAAACGAAACCAUAUAUGUCGACGUCUGGACCACACUUGAGAUUCUGAUACGGGAACUGGAUUUCGUCAACUCAUCUCACUCAUUCAAUGGUGAAACGUGCUCGAGAUAUCAAAAAGGCCCCGGACCCGGUGGUUAUGGCUUUGUGAAGUUGCAUAGAUUUCAACAGAAUGGUCAGAGCAAUGAUGGACAAACCAUGCCAACCCUGAAGAGUCAUGGGAAUGACUUCAAUGCGGAUGCCGUGGCAGCAGCUAUAGGUGUAUUCGAGAACGGAAACCCAUUGAAGAAGGAGGAAUUCUUUCAUCAACGUGAAAUCACUAUCAAGGCCGGAGAAAACCGACGUCUGGUCACUGGGUACAAGCUUGUACUUUUAUCCACGGAAAAGAAAGAUUGGAAACUUUUGACUUUGACAAAAGGUGACGUGGACAUUGAUUAUUUCUUGUGUCAAAGCCAGCUCGAGGACAGCAUCCCAAGAGACACAUUUUUGUCCGACAGGGAUUUCUACAUUGGGCGCAAUUUGGAGCAUAUCCUGUCGGUCUGCGCUAUACCGAUCACUAGCGCUCCUGCUGAGAACGAUGGAGAAGAUGAAGGGGCGAAUCAAAAGGGCGAGGAGCCGAUGGUGGCACUUACAUGUGGUGAUAUCGCAGGUCAUCGGAUCUGCACAUCGGCCAGCUAG